AAAGUAUAUCCUUUGGUUUCAUAAAUUUUAAAUCCAUAAACUUUAAUUAAAAUAUAUACUUCAUUUUUCUUUUACUCUAAUAUAUGUUUUCAACACUAUAUGAUUUGUCCAAGAUCAAUCUAGACAUAAAAAACAAAACUGAGAUUUAAGCGGUUGCCUCCACAUGGCUUAGCUGGACAAGCAGGAAACCAAUGAGUAUGUCUUAAGCCAAAGGUGCCUACCACAUGCUUGCUUGAGUGCCUCAAAGGGUUUGUUUUCAGAGCUGCAUUAAAGUUAUACACAUGCUCUAUUGAGUUUUCCAAGGUUUUCUUGAGAUGGGUAAUUUUAUUUUCUUGAUUUGAGGUAGUAUUUAAUGGUGAAAGAGUAAAAAGGUGGGAUUUUUAUUGUGAGUUUCAAGUUUUCUUUAAAGGGUAUGAUUGGUUUUAGUCAUUAAUGUCAAGUAUGGUUGAUUCUUGGAAUUUUGUAGUGUUUGGUAGUGGGGUUUUUUUAAGUGGGUAAUUCUGCGGGGAGGGGUUGACCUAAAAUUCUUGUCUGCUUUGAGUUUAAUUUAUUUUAUAUUUUGGAAUUAAAUAUCAAAUAUGGGUAUCUUCUGCAGUGGUUAAGUGUGCUGGAGUGGGUUAAGAAUUGGGAUUUGAAAAAGAAUAGAAAUUUCAUUUUUGUCCAACAUAUUGGUGGAUUGAGGGGUAGUUGUGCUCUGUAAUUCAAAGUGUUUGGGAAGCGGGUUUUGCCAUUUGGGUUGUUUCAGAGUGUGGUAGUUGCAUUUUGGUGGAGUUUUCAAGAGCUUUUGUGAUUCAGGUUGAGCUUUUAGUGGGAUUUGCUUGGGUAUUAAAGUCUUAAAGGCUUUGCAUUUCUUCUGGUAUCCUUUGGUAACAUUUUAGCCACCUUGAUCUAAGGUGAGGGGUAGUAGAACUUACAGGACACUGCUCUAAGAGGGUUCGUAAUUUACUGUUUGAUCUUCUAGUUUUAGAGGUUUACCUCCAGAGGCUGUUGGGAAAUCUUUCAGUUAGACUGCAAUACUGAAUUGUGCUAAAAUGGCUUGUAUGAAGUUGGGAUCUAAACACGAUGCAUUUCAAAGGAAAGGGCAGGCCUGGUUCUGCACAACUGGCCUUCCAAGUGAUAUUGUUGUUGAGGUUGAGGAUAUGUCAUUCCAUCUCCACAAGUUUCCGUUGCUCUCCAGGAGUGGAGUGAUGGAAAAAUUGAUUGCAGAAGCUUCUGGAGCAGAAGAUGGCUGUGUUGUUAACCUCCCUCAUAUCCCUGGAGGAGAUAAAACAUUUGAACUUGUUGCAAAGUUCUGUUAUGGGGUUAAGCUUGAACUUACUGCUGCAAAUGUUGUGUACCUGCGUUGUGCUGCUGAGUGUCUCGAAAUGACUGAGGAGUAUGGGGAGGGCAAUCUAAUCUCACAGACUGAAAAUUUUCUCAAUCAGGUAGUCCUGAGAAACUGGAAAGACUCUCUAAAAGCGCUUCAAAGCUGUGAUGAUGUUGUUCCAUUUGCUGAAGAUCUUAAUAUUCCUAAACGCUGUAUUGAGUCCUUGGCUGUGAAAGCAGGUAGCGACCCAAAUCUAUUUGGGUGGCCUAUGGUUGAAUAUGGUGGGCCCAUGCAGAGUCCAGGUGGGAGUCUCUUAUGGAAUGGGAUAAGCACAGGGGCAAGACUAAAAAAUGCAAGUUCAGAUUGGUGGUAUGAAGAUAUAUCAUGUUUGAGUUUGCCACUCUACAAGAGGUUGAUUUCAGCUAUGGAAUCUCGUGGGAUCAAACAAGAGGUCUUAGCUGGAUCCCUCACUUCAUACGCAAAGAAGUAUUUGCCAGGGCUUAAUAGACAUCAAAGUGCAAGUGAGUCUAGCAAAAGUCUUGAACCAGUGGGAUCAGGAGGCCUACCAUCUGAAGAAGAUCAAAAACUUUUACUUGAAGAGCUUGAUAAAUUACUUCCCAUGCAUAAGGGAUUAAUCUCAACCAAAAUUCUGUUUGGCCUACUUCGGACAGCUCUGAUACUUCGGGCAAGCCCCUCAUGCAUAUCAAACUUGGAAAGAAGAAUAGGAAUGCAGCUUGAUCAGGCAUCUCUUGAGGAUCUCCUGAUGCCCAACUUCUCAUAUACCAUGGAGACUCUUUAUAAUGUUGAAUGCAUUGAGAGGAUUCUUGAGCACUUCUUGGCCAUGGAUCAGGUGACAGGGGGGGCCUCUCCUUGUUCAGGUGAUGAUGACCAGUUGAUGGGUUCUCCUUCACUGACACCAAUCACAACAGUGGCCAAGCUGAUUGAUGGUUACUUGGCAGAGGUUGCCCCUGAUACAAAUUUAAAGCCCUCCAAGUUCCAGUCCCUUGCUGCCGCGGUCCCUGAUUAUGCCAGGCCCUUAGAUGAUGGUCUGUAUCGUGCAAUUGACAUAUAUCUUAAGUCACACCCUUGGUUGUCAGAUGCAGACAGAGAACAGUUAUGCAGGCUGAUGGACUGUCAAAAGCUCUCCAUGGAAGCUUGCACCCAUGCUGCUCAAAAUGAGAGGCUGCCAUUGAGAACCAUUGUCCAAGUCCUUUUCUUUGAGCAACUCCAGCUUAGGACUUCCAUAGCUGGCUGCUUUCUUGUAUCUGACAAUCUUGAUGGUUCAAGACAAUUGAGAAGUGGUUUAGUGGCGUCGAACGAUGGAGGUUGGAACACAGCCGUGAGAGAGAAUCAAGUUCUGAAAGUGGGAAUGGACAGCAUGCGGAUGCGAGUUUCUGAGCUCGAGAAAGAGUGUACAAAUAUGAAGCAGGAGAUUCAAAAACUGGGCCGCGUAAAGGGAAGCAGCACUUGGGGAAACAUGUCAAAGAAGUUGGGAUUUAGGCUUAAAUCUCAGAUGUGCAGUGCCCAAGAAGGGUCAGUUAGCAAUCAAAAACUGGAAUCCGGAAAGAGUGAAAAGGCAAAAGAAAAGAAUGGAAAGUACAAGAAUAAGCAACUUGCACUGAAAUAACACAAUUUGGUUUCACUAAUUCUAUUUUAUUUAUAUCUUUAUCAUUUGCAAAUUGGUUCUCUAGGUUUAUUGUGUUUCCGUGUUUCUGUCAUUACUUGAUAUAAGUGUUUCUAUCAAGUAAUAGUCAAAUGCUAAAAAACUGUUCUAGAAGUGCAUAUUUGUAUUGUGAAUCCUCCCUUGCUGUGUACAGACUCUGUGAAUUCAGUUUUUUUCUCUUUUGACAUGAA